AUGAACAGUAAAAGUAAUGCUAUCUUGAAUUUUAGUACAUAUUAUGAGUGUUAUUCUCAUAUAUAUAAGGAUUUGAUUAUUACAAAUAUGUCAAAUUUAAAAAUAUAUGAUAAAAAACAGGAAAAAAAUAUAUUAAAUUUUCUUAUAAAUUUUUUUAUAUUUAUCCUUUUAAUUUUCAUAUUUCAAUGUUCUAAUAAUAGGGAUUCUUUAAGAUCGUGCAAUUACAAAAAUGACUUAAAAAGCAUAUUAUAUUUAGGAGCUAAAAGAUCAUUAGUAGAAGGUAAUAAUACAAUAAAUGAAAUAAACGAAGAAUUAGAACACUGUGAACAAAUGGUAAAAGGAGCAAAUUUAAAAUUAGAUAAUAAAAUAAAUGAAGUCGAGAACAAUUCAUAUGUAAAACCAAAAAAUAAAAAAAAUUGCACAGAUAUAGAAGUAAAUAAUAUAAACACUACAGAGGUAGAAGUAGGAAAAGAAAUAAAGACAAACGAGAAAAAUAAAAAAGGAAUAUUUCCUAAAAAUUUUCUAAUACUCAAAGAUAAAUAUGAAACAAUUGCCGCAUAUUUUAUAAUUUUCCUGAUAUUUUGCAUAUUGUUAUCAUUGAUAAUUGGUUUAUUUUCCAACAAUACAAAUGUUCAUGAUUUGCUUAUGGUGUUUUUUUGUUUACUAUGUUUAAUACUUAUUAUCCUCAUAUUUUACGAGAAAAAAAAAAAAGAAGAACAAAAAAUAUAUUAUAAGCAGUUAAUAGAAUUAGCUAUUAACUAUUUAUAG